CCAGAAGGAGAGCUAGGGAAGGACCAUCCGAAAAAAGACGCGGGAUCGACAACCCUCUUCUCCUCCGGAGUGAGGCCCUCUCGCUGCUGUGCUACUAGUUUUUUGUGUCAUAAGAGGCAAGCUCUCCGUGACUCACUCAUCCCUUCGCUUGCUGCCGGACAGAGUGUGCCACCCCCAUUGUUUUUCGGGAUUUUGCUUUCCUCUUCACCGGCUACUCCAGGUGCGAUUCUCGGCAAGUUCGGUUUCGGCAGGAAAUGGUGUAACAUCUCCUCCCAGCGGAGUACUCCUGAUUUAUCUCUAUUUGCAGAAGAAAACGUUUUUGGGGAGUUCUUUGAAUUUCCCUUCCGUAAAGCUUAGUCGCUGGCAUGGGAACGAUGCAGUAUUCAUUCCUAGUCAUUCUAGCCCUCUGUGCUGCAGCACCGUGGACACCCACCGGGGCACGUGUAAUCCAUAAAAGAGCAGCAUUUUACUUAGCUAAUGAUACGAUGUGUAUCGUCGAUGGUGAUGUAUAUAGAAACGGAGACCCUGUUCCUACUGACGACGAAUGUGAAAAAUGCACCUGCCGACCUCCAGGAUUUUCAUGCGUGUUAAGAGACUGUGAUACAAAACCAGGAUGCAAGGCAGUUCGAAGAGCAGGAGAAUGCUGUCCUGAAUAUGUUUGUGGUUGUGUCCAUAAUAAUCGAGUAUACGAAGAUGGAGAAAUAAUAAAAGAUCUUCAAAAUAAUUGUUAUACAUGUCGCUGCCACGGUAGUUCCAUUUCGUGUACGUUUGCCGAGUGCCUUUUCAGAGGUGACUGCCCACCUGAAUAUGUGCCAGGAGAGUGCUGUCCACGCUACGACCAUUGUCCACCUCUUAGUACUACCUCAUCUUCCACUAUAUUUACAACAGUAUCAACUACGCCAUCUAAAUUUGUACAGCAACAUGAAGUAUUCCUUAAUUUAACAACUCAAUAUUUAGAAAAAUUUACUGAUGAAGGAACCACUCUUACUGUCGUUGAUAUUUUGCCAAGCAGCACAACAACCACUACUACUCAAGCUUAUUCUGAAGAAACCUCUACAACAGCUGCAGUUACGGUGAAGUUUACGUUGACGGAUGGCCCAGUGACAAAUAUUACUGAUUUAGAUUUGAAUACCUUGACAACACUGUUGCCACUGCAAACAUCGACGUACACUGAAACAACAAAAUACAUAUUUCCGGAUGAAAAUCAGUCAAGGCGAACUACUACUCAAGCUACUAUAUUGGAUGUUUCCGAUGGUAGUUCAAGUAAAGAAGUAUUAUUUUCCACUGAAACAGAGGAAUCUAAGGAGGAAUUAUUAACUUCUACAACAAGUGUUAUCACCGAAAGUACGAUGGUGUCGACACCGACACCUGACGCUUCAUUAGUAGAAAGCACAAGUGAAAAAAUAUUUGAAGUUCACAGUUCAAAUGAAGCUACCACUAAAAUUACAGUUACGAAAAAUGAAUCAGUAGAAUUAGAUGGAAGUACUGAAGCAGAACUUCACUUUGAUGAAACUGGUGAUCACAGCAAAACGCCAGCAGACACUGUCAUAAUUGAUUCAUCUACAACUUCAUACGAAUCAACGCAAAUCUUUGAUGGAGAAAAAACUGACAGUGAAGAAGAAUCUGACAGUGUAAGCAUUUUACCUGAAACUUCCGAAGACAGAGUGGUGCAUUCUUCUUCGACAGAUAAAGACGAUAAUUUGAUAACGGAAACCCCAGAAAAAACGCAUGUGUCUUCUACUACUGACGAAUUAUCUCUAGUAACCGAAUUUGUAAAAGAGGAAAUCACUUUAUUCCCACAAAGCUUGCAUAAUGUAUCAGGGGAUUAUAAUGCUACUGAAUUUGUUUCUAUCACAACUCAUACUGAAGAAUCAACUGAACACGAAUAUGAAUCUACAAAAGCUUCAACUGUUGUAGAAACUCACGAGCCAAGUUCUGAAUUUAAUGAAAUAUUCGAUGGAGAAGAAAAAUUGUCAACUGAGAAAUUAGAUAAAUUAUCUGUUGCUACAGAUAUUUCUGAUCUUUCUUUCGAGACUUCAACGACUGAGAAGACAAGUGAGACAACUUUAGCUGAGGAACGUACAACUAUUCAAUCUUUUAACCAGCCCAUUGAUGUUCAAGAAACUACAACAAAACAUAUAUCUGUAACUUCUCAGGAUGAAGAAAAAUAUGUAUCUGUUCAACAAACAAAGGAGAAGGAAGAAACUACGAGCACGAAGCCAACAACUGAAUUAUCAAGCGAGAUAAAUGAACUAUUUUUUGAAUCAGAAAAUAAAUCACACGAAAUUUCAAGUACUCUCCAACCACUUGAUAUAGCAUCAUCUGGUGAAAGCGACGUCACUGAAGAGUGGAAGAAAACAACUCAACACAUUGAUUUAAUUGAAUCGCAAACAUCUAGCAUAGAAGAUAAGCAAUCUACUAACGUGUUUUCAGAAUAUCCUACUGAAUCGGAGUUUUCAACCGAAUUGAAGAAUUUUACUGAAAAUCCUUUAUCUCCGCCUGAAAUUAAUACAGAAAUCGAAGAUUUAUCAACAGGAAUGGAAGCUGAAACGAGUACUAUCAUUCCAACCAGUGAAAUAACCGAAAAACCUUUAAUUUCUGAUACACCUCAUGUUUUCGAAAUAGAAUCUUCCGAAAUAAGUCACAACGAUACUUCUCAUGAUACUUUAGAAGAGAAUGAUGCAAGCGAAGACAUUCAUACUUCAAGUGAUUCGCAUUUAUUAACUAUUCUUGACAGUGAAACAUCAUCAUCUACAGACGAUACAAAUUUCUUUGGCCAUUCCACAGAAUCAGACACAACAAUAAAAGAACAGAAAAACACGCCAACAUUAUCUGUAGAAGAUCAUACUUUUGUUGAAACAUCUCCUACUGAACUCAAACUUGGUGUAUUUACAACAAAUUAUGAGACAACGACUCAGAAAAAGGCUCCAGACAGUUCUUCAGAUAUGAUACCUGAAACAACAUCGGAGUUAGCUCUAGGUGGUAACAAAUUCUCCACUGAAACUACAAAAACAGAUACUUCUACAUAUGAAAACAUUUCUGAAGCGUCUAUUGCUGAUUUCUCUGAAAAUUCUGGAACCAAAACAAGUACAUCUAAUGAAAUUUUAGAAUCUACAACAUCUGCAAUUAUAGAAAAUAACAAAUCAACGGAAUACUCUUUCACAGAGAACUCCGGUACAAAAUUAGGAGAUCUUGACUAUGUUUCCGUUUUUACAACUGCUUCAAAUCAGAAUGAAGGUCAUUCGGUUUUUCCAAACAUUUCUGAAAGUACUGAAGAAGAAAAAGACUCAAUUCAAAAUUCAGAAACAGAAACUAUAUCAGAAAUUUCUAAUGGGAUAAAAGAAUUGACUACUAUUGAAAGCGUGACUGACACAGUUUCUAAUUUAUCAGAAAAUGAAGUUGCAACUUUAAUGGAUCAAACUGAAGAAGUUUUAGAAUCAGAAACUUUACAAUCAAAUUUUGAUACAAUUGUUAAUAACCAGCAAACAACAGAAAGUGUAGAAAAUUUUGAUAAUAAGAUAUCAGAAAUUACAAAAGAAUCUGAAACUUCUGAACUAGUUUCUGACACUACUGAAUCAGUAAAUGUAUCUACUUUACAACACGUUGUUUCUGAAGAUAAUAACAAUACCAAGAGUUUUGCUGACAAUUCAGCUGUAGAAAGUGCUCGUAUCACGGAAUAUGAAUCAGAUCACGAUGUAACAACGUCUUCUUUAAAAGAAAGUGAUAUUGAUCAAACUUUAGAAUUUUCAACAUCUUCAACUAGUGACAUUAUUACGACAAUGUCUCCUUUACUUCAGGAUAUCAAAACUAAAGACAUUGAAGUAACAAAAACUACCGAAAAUCAGUUUCAUGAUUCAACUUCUCUUUCUACUGAUAAAGAUGUAAUUAUUACAAAGAUUUCUGUUGAUGCCCAUAGUACUACACCAAUUUCAAAUGAGAGUGAAACUGAUGCUUCAGACGAUUUUAAUAAUGAUUUAGCUAGCACUUUCAGCAAUAAUUAUGAGAAAUUCAGUACAGAGUUAAAAACCUCCACUGUCAAUAGUCCUUCUAAUGAUGUUCCAGCAUUAAUUUUAGUUGAUCAUGAAAAUAAGGAAACUACUUUCUCUACUACUAUUACUUCAGGCGAUUCUGACUUUACAUCAACAGAAGAACAAACUGGAACUGUUAAACAGGAGACCAAACUAGAAACCAAUGAUUUGGAAUUAUCGCCCAAAUUAUCUAGCCAGAAAAGCACAACGUUGAUGAAUGAUGAAGAUUAUAGUGCCUUAGAUUCCGAAGAAAACUUUUCUGAGGAAGCAAACAAACAUUCUACUCAUAAUGUGAUUCAGCCAUCAGAAUCAGAAGUGGAAACAUAUACCAAUUUCAAUGAAACUGAAUCCCUUUCCCCAAGUGAAUCCACUUUCCAUCAAACAAAAGAUAAUACUUUAUCGAUCGAUGAGGAUCUCGUAAGCGAGGAAAAUUAUCUCGAUGUAAAAGGAAAUGUUUUGCAAGAUAGUCAUAGUGAUGAAGUAAACACUGCAACUGGCUUCGAAACUGAUUCUGAAGAAAACUCUAUUUCUUCAACUAUUCAUCCUAUAAAUAAUUCAUACAGCACCGAAGAAGUUCAUUUCAUAAAAGAGUUUACAAACACAAAUCCUGAAGAUUCUGAAAGUUACUCUACUAAUUCAGAAAACUCAGAAAACUUGCAAUCAGACAGCACUACUUCAGAGCAAAGUAGCUCAAACAUAAGAUCUACAACUAUAUCCUUGGAAGAAACUUCUUCGAAUACAAAGAAUGAUACUUUUAUUGUUACUGAUGAGUUUGAAGUUCAUACUGAUGAAAUACCAAAAAAGGAAGUUACUCUUAAUGAAGAAAAUUUCACUCAUCCUGAUUUCCAAACUACUGAGGAAAAUUCUCAUACUCAAACCCAUGAUAGCAAACCUAAUGAAAACGAAACUUUACAGGUUGAUGACGAAGACCCUAUCUCAGAAACUGAAAGUAUUGAAUCCAAUCACGAAAUAAAGGAUAGAUUCUUUGCAAAUGAAACUGCUUCAGUUAAUUUUAAUGAAGGUAAUUCUUUUACGGAAACACUUGAAGGUGAAGAAUCAUUUUCACCGGAAAAUACUUUCAUAACAGAAGAAAAUGUAAUUAAUUUUUCUGAUGAACUUAGUAUGCCAAAUCAUGCUAAUGAAGAUGUAAUCUCUGAUAGCUCAGACAUUCUUUCAUUGAGUUCCAUAUCUUCAAAUGAUAAUCCGCCAUUUACACUGACAUCAGCAUCAAAUAUGAAUAAUAUUCCUGAAGAGGCAAGUACACAUACUGAAAAUAAUGACGGCGAUAACUAUAGUACAUCAAAUACAGAGAUUUUAGUUGGCCAAAGCUAUAGUGAAUCUUCUUCAGAAAAUCCUGUUAGUAAUUUCGGGACACCUGAUACUAGUGCAAUGACUGAAAACAAAGAAAAUGAAUCUACUGAAGAAUUCUCUACAAUUGAUGAAAAUACCUUCGGAGAAGCCAUGCACGAAUAUAGCGAUGAUCAUGAAAAAUCUGACAUUCUUAAACUAACUAGCACGGCUUCACAAAACACGCAAACAACAACUCACGAUCAGACUUUUGACUAUCACGAUAUUGAAAUGGAUAGCGAAGAAGAAGCAACUGAAUUUUUUAAUAUUAAUAUAACCCAUCCUUCAGUUUCCUAUCGGGUAGAAACAGCUAGAAAUUUAGAUGAUAGCACAACUUUGGAAAAUCUAUCCUUUCAGAAUGAAUCAAACUCUUUGAAUGUUGAAUCAUUGUUUGAAGAUAAAAUUUCAAGUACACAAAGCGAUGAAAACAAUUCUAAUACUUCGGAAGUGGAUGAAGUUAACAGCGAUGCUUCUAUUAACCAAACAGUUGGAGCAUCUUAUUUGCACGAUGAUUCCAAGAUAUUUGAUGAAAUGGGAGAUCAUAUCAGCGGAGGAAAUUUGUAUUCGGCAUUUGUUGUACCAAGUGAUGAAAAUCUUCAUAAAUCUAAGGAAUCCCAAAUACAAACUAUGUCUGACAUUACCGAGUCUGAAUUAUAUGAAGUAGGGAAGAAAAACGGUACUGAAAACAUUCUACCUGAAAAUAAAUCCAACUCUACCGCAUUUCCAAAAAACCCAUAUGAAGCUUAUGGUUAUCUCGGUGGUGUUUACAUAACUGGAAACAGUAAAUACAAUGAUCAUAAAAAAUAUUCGCAUGAAUUAACGCAUUCCCCAAAUGAUGAAAUAAAUACUGUAGAAAAUAAAGUUAAUGUUGAAACGACAGAAAAUUCUUCUCCAGUUUUAGAUAGCGAAAGGAAUGCCGAAAAGAACAAUGAAGAAGUAAGUGAGUCAGAGAUUGAAAGUGUAAAUGAAACUACUAUUAAAAUUGAAGCAACUGUUAAACCCACUAUUCAAUAUUAUAAUGAAAACAAUUUUGGAAAUGCAGAAAAUCUCGCACUUCAGGAUCAGUCAAGGGUUACACAAAUCAAUGCAACUGAAAAUGAGGUAGAGAUGACAACAACAGAAGAUUAUAGUAUUAAUUAUAACACUUCAUCGGUCUUCCCGGUGAAUUCCAACACCACAAAAGAAGCCUCAGAGAAACAUAACUAUCAGAUAUCAAACGAAAAUUCAAAGAAUGAGAAUGGCCCUGAAAAAGGAGGAGAAUGGUUAGAACCAACGUUGCAAUCAUCUAAUGCUGAAGUCUUUUUGCACUCACAGAGUACCAAUGCAAAUGAAAAUGCAAAAUCAUCUGUAGAGCCAGAUGAUUAUUCUACUUCGUCCAAUACACCUGAGCAGAAUCAAAAAGGGCCCGAGAAAGGUGGUGAAUUAUUUGAACCUACAAUUUCAAAUCCGUUCCAUUUAGAUAAAAAACCAGAAGAAACUGAAAGUGGUGAUCAAUCAUCCUAUGAGAAGAUUGAGCUUGAAACAGAAUCUCACAGUACGACAGAAAAAGUGAAGUUUGCCAGUGAGUUACCCAUAUACGUCCUCUCCAGAGGUAAAGAAAGUAGCCGUCCAGGUGCAUUACAGUUCAGCUCAAUUGAAGAAUCUGAUACUAAAGGCAGUAAUAUAAGUGAUAUUCAUUUAGAUUAUCUUGCGAGUGAUAUUCACUUUAAUUAUCUUAACAACAGCCAAGUGAGUGAUGAAGAGAACUCUAGAAAGGAAAUUCCAUCUUUUCCUAAUACAGUUCUUAAUGAAACAAUUAUUUCUUUCAAUGAUUCACAUAAUCUGUUUGCAGAGCCUUUGAAUCAAACCGAAAAAUCAAAUUUAAAUGAUUCUCUUCUAAUGUCGGACGAAAGUAAGGAAAAUAUAUUACAACCAUAUUCCCUCAUUGAUGUUAUAUCUAACGUUUUCAAGGCCCCGGGAUAUGAUUCUGAGGUGCAUUCUCAUUUUCUUAAAGAACAGGUAAAUUAUUCUGGUAAAGAAGAACCCUUAGUCAUUGUCAAACGAAAUGCAGAUGCGUUUCAAGAAAGAAUGAAUUUUGAAAAAGAAACUCCACUCAAACCUGAUCCAAACUCAAAACUUAAUGAUGAUAAGAUUAAUCCGCACGUUCUUCAAACAAAAAAGACAAUCUACGACGCAAUAUCAGCAGCGUCAUCCACUAAUUCUAAACGACAAGAUCCUCCUCCAGCUAAAGUUACAUCGGCAUUCAUCUUCGUAGUUUCUCCAAAUGACCACAAUUCAGGGGCUGAUAAGCCCUCAAGUUCUUCAAGUGGCUCAGCUCAAGAAAUUGAGUUUCCAAAUGACAAUAUGUUUUCUCAAAAUAAUGCACAAAAAACAAAAUAUUAGCAUUCAAGACAUUUUUAUAGGUGACAUGAAUUUUCUUUGUUGAUCAGAAGAGUUUCAUGUUUUUCAUUGCAUCCAGGUCUUCGAAUGCCUGAUUGCGGUCAGCUGUUGUGCCUUAUCGCUGUUUCAGAACUUUCAGUGAUAGACAUCACAUUCAUAUAAACUCACUAUCAUUUCGCAAACAUUUUAAAUACAAACACAUUGAGGACGUCAGAGAGAGAUGGUACAGAUUCACGUAUCAAGGGACACAAUCGAAUUGUGCUGAUUUUACAAACUAUCUUAAUGAAAACUAAGGAACUUGUUCAUUAUUUAAUUGCUUCAUUUAUUUAAAGGGCUUUUCUUUUUUUCAUUUAUCCAUUGAUCAUAUAUGUGUUUUGCGUGUACCGUUGCAAUUUGAAUUAGGAAUAUAAUGAGAAAUGAAUGUUGUAUUUUUAGAUGCAUUUUAAACAUAUAAUUACUAUUUUCAAAGAAAUUUUGUUUCUCAGAAAAUAUGUAUGAAUUCUUCCUAUCAGUCUGUGAGUAGUUAAUGCAAAAAAAGCAAAUUUUGCAUUGUAUUUUGACGGUUAGUUAUUUUGAUAUGAAAAAAAGUAGUUCAAUGUUGAAUGUAUUCUUCAUUUAUAUGUUAAGCAUUUUAUUUAUUUAUUUAUUUAUUAUUCAUUGAUGCAGAAUUAUUGCAGUUGUUAUUAUAAAUUGAAUUCUGCAUAAAUCGCUUAAUCACAACUAUCAUCACAUCUGAUCAUGCUCCAAACUUGAAAAAUAAAUGUAGAAAAAAAGCAAAUGUAUAAUUAGAAUAAACAAAAUAUACCAGAUGGUCGUUAUGGUAAUGAUUACUAAUUUUUUUAUGAUUUUUAUACAACAUGAAUGUAAUGCAUAAAGCAUCGCCAAUCAAAUCUCGCGAAUGUUUAUCAAUGAUAGUUACAAGUACAGAUUGUUGUUUUUAGUGCACUUAAUAAAAAUCCAGGUGAAGUGUAAGGAACAUAGAACCUCCAGGAAGUACAGAAUUAUAAAUUUAUUAAUGUUUUGCAUCCUUUAACAAAUUUAGUUUAACCUUCAAAGCAAUUUUUCAAUGAAUUAAUGCUUUGUAAAUUUAUUAAGAUAAUCUGGAAAAGAAGUCGUACUAAUUUACUUCUCUUUUCAAUGAAUUUAAUAUUUUUGUGAUUAAAAAAAUUCAAGAAAAACGGAAGUGGGCUAUAUAAAGAUGCAAAUGUGAUUUGGUUAGUUCUUUUCUUAUCAUUUUGUUCAGCUUUUCAUCCUUUUGUCCUUGUAUAUUCUUAAUAAAUGAAUAUGAUAAAUGAUUCUAUAACUAGGAAAUGGUUAGCAGCUAACUACCCUGUUGUUUGGACGUUUACUAUUUGAAUAGAAAAUAAAAGAGAGGUGCACUUUCCAAAUUGGCGCCGAAGGAUGCCGAAUUCAUUUUCUAUCGGAGGCGUUUCCUCAUGAAGGUCACGUGCACUAUGGCCCCGUAGGAUAUCCUCAUUAGCUAUCUUAAGAGAAGAAACCAUUUGCUACUGAACUGUGCGGAAAUAAAUGCGUGAAAGCUUUCAAAGCCUGCUUUCGGAUGUAUUUUCGAUAUCUUUUAAGUUAUUCCUUUUUAAUUAGAUAAUUGUAGGUUUAUAGUAAAUAAUUUUUCUUUAUCAAGCUUGUGUACCAUACGGCUUACUUUAUCCCUUAUAAUUAUUUUAUCAUAUCAAGUUUUAUUACAUUAAUAUAAUUAGGCAACAACUUAGUAAUUCCUAAAGGAAUUUUACAACUGUAUAUUAUUUAAGUCCUACUUAAUUUUCAAUUUCAGUGUUAUUUUUUGUAA